GAGGGCAGGCGGCCGGCUGCUGGCGGGGCAGCCCUCCUAGCUGCCCGCUUUGCGCCGCCGGCCCACGCCGCAGUGUGUUUUGUGGACGGCGCCUUCCCAGACAACCCGGUAGACGCCAGCGGAGCUCGUGGCCGCCUUCGACGCGAUGUUUCGCCGGAGCCUGAACCGUUUUUGUGCUGGAGAAGAGCAACGAGUUGGUACGCGCACAGUGUUUGUUGGCAAUCAUCCAGUUUCUGACACAGAAACGUACAUUGCACAGAGAUUUUGUGAUAAUAGAAUAGUAUCAUCAAAGUAUACACUUUGGAAUUUCCUCCCAAAGAAUCUGUUUGAGCAGUUUAGAAGAAUUGCCAAUUUUUACUUUCUCAUAAUUUUUCUUGUACAGGUCACUGUAGAUACACCAACAAGCCCAGUUACCAGUGGCCUUCCACUUUUCUUUGUUAUAACUGUUACAGCCAUCAAGCAGGGAUAUGAAGAUUGGCUUCGACACAGAGCUGACAAUGAAGUCAACAAAAGCACUGUUUACAUUAUUGAAAAUGCAAAGCGAGUGAGAAAAGAAAGUGAAAAGAUUAAGGUUGGUGAUGUAGUUGAAGUACAAGCAGAUGAAACCUUUCCCUGUGAUCUGAUUCUUUUAUCAUCCUGUACCACUGAUGGAACCUGUUAUGUCACUACAGCCAGUCUUGAUGGGGAAUCCAAUUGCAAGACACAUUAUGCAGUACGAGAUACCAUUGCACUGUGUACAGCUGAAUCCAUUGAAAACCUCCGAGCAGCAAUUGAAUGUGAACAGCCUCAACCUGACCUCUACAAGUUUGUUGGACGAAUCAAUAUAUAUAGUGAUAGUCUUGAGGCUGUUGCCAGGUCUUUGGGUCCUGAAAAUCUUCUUCUGAAAGGAGCUACACUAAAAAAUACCAAGAAAAUAUAUGGAGUUGCUGUUUACACUGGAAUGGAAACCAAAAUGGCUUUGAAUUACCAAGGAAAAUCUCAGAAACGUUCUGCUGUUGAAAAAUCCAUUAAUGCCUUCCUAAUUGUAUAUUUAUUCAUCUUACUGACCAAAGCUGCAGUAUGCACUACUUUGAAGUAUGUGUGGCAAAGUAACCCAUACAAUGAUGAACCUUGGUAUAACCAAAAGACUCAGAAAGAGCGGGAGACAAUGAAGGUUUUGAAAAUGUUCACCGACUUCCUGUCAUUCAUGGUCCUAUUCAAUUUUAUCAUUCCUGUCUCCAUGUAUGUCACUGUGGAAAUGCAAAAAUUCUUAGGUUCUUUCUUCAUUACAUGGGAUAAGGACUUUUUUGAUGAAGAAAUUAAUGAAGGAGCCUUGGUUAACACAUCAGACCUUAAUGAAGAACUUGGUCAGGUGGAUUACGUAUUUACAGAUAAGACUGGAACGUUAACUGAAAAUUCCAUGGAAUUCAUUGAAUGUUGCAUAGAUGGGCACAAAUAUAAAGGUGAAAUUCAAGAAGUUGAUGGAUUAUCUGAGACUGAUGGACCUUUGACAUACUUUGACAAAGCAGAUAAGAAUCGAGAAGAACUCUUUCUGCGUGCCUUGUGUUUAUGUCACACUGUAGAAAUUAAAACAAAUGAUACUGUUGAUGGAACUACAGAAUCAGCUGAAUUAACAUAUAUCUCCUCCUCACCAGAUGAAAUAGCUUUAGUGAAAGGAGCUAAAAAGUACGGGUUCACAUUUUUAGGAAAUCGGAGUGGAUAUAUGAGAAUAGAGAACCAAAGAAAAGAAAUAGAAGAGUAUGAACUUCUCCACACCUUAAACUUUGAUUCUGUCCGUCGACGUAUGAGUGUAAUUGUAAAGAAUGAAGGAGGAGACAUCAUUCUAUUUUGUAAAGGAGCAGAUUCAGCAAUUUUCCCCAGGGUUCAAAACCAUGAAAUUGAGUUAACUAAAAGCCAUGUGGAACGUAAUGCAAUGGAUGGGUAUCGGACACUCUGUGUAGCCUUUAAAGAACUCACUCCAGAUGAUUAUGAGAGAAUUAACAGACAAUUAAUUGAGGCCAAAAUGUCCUUACAAGACAGAGAAGAAAAAAUGGAAAAAGUUUUUGAUGAUAUUGAAACAAACAUGAAUUUAAUUGGAGCUACUGCGGUAGAAGACAAGUUACAAGAUCAAGCUGCAGAGACCAUUGAAGCGCUGCAUGCAGCGGGCCUGAAAGUUUGGGUGCUAACUGGGGACAAGAUGGAGACAGCCAAAUCCACAUGCUAUGCAUGUCGCCUAUUCCAAACCAGCACUGAGCUUUUGGAAUUGACCUCAAAAACCAUUGAAGAAAGUGAAAGGAAAGAAGAUCGAUUGCAUGAAUUAUUGAUAGAAUAUCGUAAAAAGUUGUUACACGAAUUUCCUAAAAGCACUAGAAGCCUUAAAAAAACAUGGACAGAACAUCAGGAAUACGGAUUAAUCAUCGAUGGUGCCACACUGUCACUUAUACUAAAUUCUAGUCAAGACUCCAGUUCAAACAACUACAAAAGCAUUUUCCUCCAGAUCUGUAUGAAGUGCACUGCAGUGCUCUGCUGCCGGAUGGCACCGUUACAGAAAGCCCAGAUUGUCAGAAUGGUGAAGAAUUUAAAAGGCAGUCCAAUAACUCUGUCCAUAGGUGAUGGUGCCAAUGAUGUUAGCAUGAUUUUGGAAUCCCAUGUGGGAAUAGGGAUUAAAGGUAAAGAAGGCCGCCAAGCAGCCAGGAACAGCGAUUAUUCUGUCCCAAAGUUUAAACAUUUAAAGAAACUGCUAUUGGCCCAUGGACAUCUGUACUAUGUGAGAAUAGCACAUCUUGUACAAUAUUUCUUCUAUAAGAACCUUUGUUUCAUUUUGCCACAGUUUUUGUACCAAUUCUUCUGUGGAUUUUCACAACAGCCACUAUAUGAUGCUGCUUAUCUUACAAUGUACAACAUCUGCUUUACAUCCUUGCCUAUCCUGGCCUACAGUCUGCUAGAACAACACAUCAACAUUGACACUCUGACCUCAGAUCCCCGAUUAUAUAUGAAAAUUUCUGGCAAUGCAAUGCUACAAUUGGCUCCUUUCUUAUAUUGGACAUUUCUGGCUGCCUUUGAAGGAACUGUGUUCUUCUUUGGGACAUACUUUCUUUUUCAAACUACAUCUCUGGAAGAAAAUGGAAAGGUAUAUGGAAACUGGACCUUUGGAACUAUUGUUUUUACAGUCUUAGUAUUCACUGUAACGCUGAAGCUGGCCUUGGAUACCAGAUUCUGGACAUGGAUAAACCACUUUGUGAUUUGGGGAUCAUUAGCCUUUUAUGUAUUUUUCUCUUUCUUCUGGGGAGGAAUUAUUUGGCCUUUCCUCAAGCAACAGAGAAUGUAUUUUGUAUUUGCUCAAAUGCUUUCUUCUGUAUCCAUAUGGUUGGCCAUAAUUCUUCUAAUAUUUAUCAGCCUUUUCCCAGAGAUUCUCCUGAUAGUUUUGAAGAAUGUAAGAAGGAAAAAUGCCAAGAAAAAUCUGAACUGUAGAAAGGCAUCUGACACAUUAUCCGCCAGACCUUCAGUCAGACCUCUUCUUUUACGAACAUUCUCAGACGAAUCUAAUAUAUUGUAACAGAAUCCAAGUGUUGAACUGCCUAUGUUAUUGUCCUACAAGCCUAUUGACAGUUGUUACAGCUAAAAAAGAAAGCAUGA